AUGAAACAAUGUGCUUCAACUUUAUAUAAUUUCAAUGGUGGUGAAACUUGCAGAUCACGUUAUGUUCAAAAAAUUAAAAUGUUUUUUGAUAUAGACAUUUUAAGAAAAGAUGAAACAUUAGCAAAUAAUACAUCAAAAAGACAAAUUAGGGGUAAUAAUAUUAUUGAUUCAAGAUUUGAAAUUUUCUUUUCAGAUAUACUCAGAGAUAUUCAGCAUGAACAAAAUGUUAUUCAAAGUGUAUUUGUAAAUCAAACAUCAGCAAUGGCAAUGCUAAUUGUUAGAGUUUUUGAACAACGUGUUAGAGGAUUUAUAGAGAAUGUUUUAAAUAUCGAGGCUAAUAAUACAUCGAUGUAUCUUCAAACUACACAGUAUGCAUACAAUAGCACAAAGAAAUUAUUAGUAGAGCCAUUGUCACACUUGGGUAUUAGUGGUGUGGAUUUAAAUCAAUUAUUAAAUUCAGUUUUUUAUACAUAUCAAGAGGGCUAUAUCCAAAGGGAAAGGGGCCAUCUUGCAAACUUAUUCGAUGCUACUUUUAGCGAGGAAUGUGACCGUUUAACAGGAUUAGAAAAAGCUUUUGAAUAUGAAGAGGAUGGAUUAAAUCACGAAAUUACACAAACUUUUGUACAACAGACUGAAAAUGCCCUAGCCCGUAGUUAUACACUCUCGCCAGAAGGUUCAUUACCAGAAAAUAUUAAAAGUAUUUUCUUUUUAAUGCUAAAAUAUUUAUUUGAAGAUUACAUAACAUUUGUUUUAGAAAAAUAUAUUAAGUUACCAAUGGUUAAUGAUUCAAGAUGUUUUCAAGCAAUAUCACAGUUAUUUAGAGUUAUUUUAGGUAUAAAUCAAAUCGUUGGUCAAAUUCAAACUUUAUUCCAAGUACAUGUUUUACCACAUAUUCAAACAUCAAUUAAUGUUCAAUCACAAUGCUCAGAUCAGCUUUACUUUAACAUCUCUUCAUUAGAAAAUAAUAUAAAUUAUGGUUUAGAAAAUUCACUCAUUUUAAUGGUACAGCUUGUAGAUAAAGCUUUAGUAGAUCAAAAAAGAACCGAUUACCAAAAUGAAAUGGAUGAUGAUACCACAACACCAACUUGUAACUCUGUAACAAAAUUAAUUCAAUCAUUCUAUGAAAUUGCAAAGUCUUGUCUUCAAGGUAAAAAUCUCCAUAUCUUUGUUGAAGAGCUUGGCCUAAAACUUCAAGUGGUAUUUUUAAAUCAUUUUAAGAAAUUUAAAAUUGGUCAAGGUUCAGGAACACUUAAGUUAAUUAAAGAUUUGACAGAAUACAGAUCCACUUUGAAAUCAUUCAAGAGUCAUAAAGUUGAUGAUGCUUUUGAAAUGUUAUUUGAAGUUUCAAAAUUAUUUUUGGUUGGUCCAGAUAGUUUUAAAGAUAUUAUCGAAAAUGGUAUUCUUGCAAGAGUUCAAAAAUCCGAUUUAAUUGCUUUUAUUAAGCAACGUUCCGAUUUUAAAUCAAUUUGGUUAGAUAAUUUAUAA